AUGGAUCUUGACAUGCUCAGUGUGUACAUGUGUCCUGCAGGUGUCCCGUUAAUUCCCAGCAACGUGCAUAGUCCGUCAUUGAAUCUUCCCAUGCACGCGCUUCACCCGCCAUCUAUACCGGCCAUAGAGGACAGGAGCGGUGAACUGGGCGACAGGAAGGGUAAUAUGGCCUCUCUUAAAGCGAUGCUCCGCGUGCUCGUCGGUCCGGAUCACUCCAAAACAUGUUUGAUCUUCGAGAAGAACCCCGAUUCUACUGAUCCCGAUCCUGCCAGUUACCUCUUUGAGAACCGUGGCCAUCUCCUCCCGGCAAAGCCCUGCGAUCAGCAGUCUGCGCUGUGCUCUAGAAAGGCCGUCAACUGUGAUCAGUCCUGGACAAACCACUGCACCGGGGUCACUGAAGGACAGUCCGAGGCUAUCGUCGACAACUCAAACAGACUGCCAAUGGCCGACGAACAAACGAUGAAACCAGACGUUUGCUCCUGGUCGGAUGUCCUGACUUCUUUUGAGCCUGAGAAUCAUGGACUCUCUCCUGACUACUAUACUUGUCUCGCCAAUAUCCAAACUCUGCACCGACCUAGACAGUCUGAUGGAGUGGUCACUGGUCCUGAAAAUCGUGAACAACAUGGUGAUUUCAAGAUUGAAGCUCCCGUACAAGAAAGUGCCUUCUGUGAUGAAGAGACCAAGUCCGACAACUAUCAUUGCGGCCUAGUGCACCCCAUUUCUAGGCCAAGUCUGUACAUGGCAGUGGACCCCUUCGGUUCGUCCUCAGAGACCAACGCGACGUCAGACACAACAUCACCUUCUGCCUCGCAAGAGAGUCUAGCAGACCCGUUUAGACACGGUUUCCGCAGAGCGCACCGUCCGUAUAGUCACAUCGGGGGCGCUAUGCUAUUCCAGAACCAAGGCUCGCCGGCUAGCUCUGUGGCCACAACCGACGAUCCUUACACUCCUAUGGCCGGCACAUGCAGUGCUACCACGCCUCUCCACUGGUCCAGUAGCGGACAGAUGGUGCCAUGGGAGAUGCAGAGUCCGGAAUUUGAGCUCCGGAACAGCUGCUUUUCUCAACUGCGUCAUCACGGUAGUCAGCUUGAAGAGAUUCCUCGCAACGCCACAGUGGACGCCUGCCACGGUCUACCUUCUGUAGACUGCGGUCAGCACUACCCUCAGCAACCACCGUUUGUGCUGAACCCAUUCACCCCUCAUGAGUACAACUCAACAAGCGUCAAGCACCGAAGUGAAGUCGACGGGGGACAUUGCCAGUUGGCAUUUGCCAACGACGAGCUCACGUACCCUCAGCACCAAUACGAAACCAUCCAAUCUGUGCAUGCGACAAUCGCCAGUAACGGAGCCUUGAGCCGCCAAGGACGAACAAGCACCAGGUCAAUCUCAUGCCACAACGAGGCCCGGAAUGCAUUCUUGAUAGAGUGCAAACGCCGCGGGUUGUCAUACAAGGAUAUAAAGAGGCUCGGAGGGUUUGAAGAAGCCGAAUCAACCCUCCGUGGCAGAUUCCGGACUCUCACAAAGUCCAAGGAGCAGAGGGUGAGGAAACCCCAGUGGAAAGACAAAGAUGUGAGUGAACUGAUUCCAAGUGUCUCUUUUGUUCUCGGCUAA